AUGGUAUCUCAUAUCCAUUACGUUUUCACCAAAGUUUUGUUCAACAAGCAUCCUUCUCAGGACUUCAUUAACAUUCCAUAUGUUUUGACCAAGUUCUACCAGCACAUCCUGGCCUUGGUGUUUGCUGUUGAUGAGAUCAACGAGAAUCCCAAGAUGUUGCCCAAUGUCACUCUUGGGUUCCACAUCUAUGACAGCUACUCUGAUUCAAGGAUGACUUAUCGGACCACCCUGGACCUGCUCUUUAAAUCUUAUCACUUUAUACCUAACUACAAAUGUGGCAUUCAGAAAAAUGUAAUAGGAAUCAUCGGAGGCCUGAGCUCUGAAACUUCCAGAUCCAUGGCAGACAUCUUAGGUCUUUACAAGAUUCCACAGCUGUACUCAUUCCUCCAGAGGAUAUCAUUCAAUAACAGUGCUGGGGAUGAAAUUAAAUUUAGUGAACAUGGAGAAUUAGCUGCUGGAUUUGAUAUUACAAACUUAGUGACUUUCCCAAAUAGAUCAUAUUUCAGGAUGAAAGUGGGGAGGUUGAAUCCUCAGGCUCCUCUUGGCAAAGAAUUCACUAUCAAAGAGGACCAAAUUGAAUGGCACAAAGACUUGACUCAGGUGCCACCCCUUUCAGUUUGUAAUGACAUCUGCCAUCCUGGUUACAGGAAGAAAAAGAAGGAAGGGAAGAAGUUUUGCUGCUAUGAUUGUGCUCUGUGUCCAGAUGGGAUGGUAUCAGAUUUGAAGGAGAUGGAAACUUGUGCCAGUUGCCCGGAAUAUCAGUAUCCAAACAAAGGGAAGGAUGAAUGUACUCCUAAGACUCCAGACUUCCUAGCUUUUGAAGACACUUUGGGCAUAGCUUUAAUUGUAUCUGCACUUUUCUUCUCUGUGGUCACAGCUCUGGUGCUGGGCAUCUUCAUUAAACACCGGGGCACUGCCAUAGUCAAAGCCAACAACAGAAGCCUAACCUACAUUCUCCUCAUCAUGCUCCUCUUGUGUUUUCUCUGUUCUUUGCUGUUCAUCGGAAUGCCUAAUGAUACAACCUGCCUUCUCCGACAAACUGCUUUUGGCAUCAUCUUCUCUGUGGCCCUCUCCAGCAUCCUGGCCAAAACCAUCUCUGUUGUUUUAGCAUUCAUGGCAACUAAACCAGGAUCAAGAAUGAGGAAAUGGGUGGGCAAAAGAUUGGCUUAUUCUAUUGUUUUGUCCUGCUCCAGUGUUCAGAUAGGGAUCUGUGCUCUGUGGCUGGCAAUCGCUCCUCCAUUCCCAGAUUUAGACAUGUACUCAAUGACUGAGAAAAUUGUAUUGUUAUGCAAUGAAGGCUCAGUCCUCAUGUUCUACUGUGUCUUGGGCUAUUUGGGCUUCAUGGCCAUUAUCAGUUUCACUGUUGCCUUCUUAGCCCGGAAGUUACCAGACACUUUUAACGAAGCCAAGUUCAUCACCUUCAGCAUGUUGGUCUUUUGUAGUGUUUGGCUCUCCUUUAUUCCAACUUACCUGAGCACCAGAGGAAAAUACAUGGUGGCUGUGGAGAUUUUCUCCAUCUUGGCUUCCAGUGCUGGGAUACUGUGCUGUAUAUUUUCCCCCAAAUGCUACAUUAUCAUGUUGAAGCCCAAGCUGAACACCAGGAAGCAUCUAAUACAAAGAAAAAAUUAA